AUGAAGAAGGUCCUUAAGAGAAAUGCAGGAAUCGAUGGGGGAAAUGUAGGGGAGAAGCGGAAAAUAUUGAAGAUCAGGAAGGCCACCGGAACCUUCGGAACUGUUUUUAGUUUAUGGAGAAAAAAAGGAACAAGGAACAACAUCGGAGAGGUGCUACCUUGGAGACAUUGCCGCAAAAGUAAAAGAAAAGCUGUAUCGAAUGAAAUUAUGACUGGUCGAUAUUCUGCAAGACUGGAUUGUCCCAAAGUUGCAAGAAAAAAUGAAGAAGCUGUUGUCUUCAGAAGAUUCGACGAGAUUUGA